UCAGACAACAUGCAGAUAUUUGCUGUCAUCAUCGGUAUCAAUGAGUAUUUAUGCGAAAAAUCUCUACAUGGGGCAACUGGUGAUGCUAAGAAAAUCGCGGAAUCCCUCAAGAUUUCGGUGCAAGUCCCUACAGAGCACAUGGUCAUCUUGCUGGAUGCCGCUGCGACACGAGAUGAGAUCGUGAAAUCUCUUCAUACUCAUCUCCACGACAACGACCGAAUCCAUCGCGGAGAUGCCAUCAUCAUCUAUUUUGCCGGUCAUGGCACCAUUUAUGAAACGCACGUACGCGAACCCAUGAAGGCAAUCAAGCUGGUUGAUAGCGGUUUCGAAUUGCCAGACGGCACGCACGUUGUUGACAUCAGCGAUCGCCAGAUCAAUCUGUUCCUGAAGGAGCUUUGCGAUGCGAACGGAGGAAACAUCACGGUUGUGACGGACUGUUGUUACUCAGCAGAGUCCACCCGU